AUCUCCUCUUUGACAGCUUCUCCUGGAAACUGACCGGUGCUCCCUUGCUGAGGGUCCAAGACGAACAGGGGUCCCAGGGCCAGAGCGACCUCAGGAGUGGCCGUCUCCACUGCGGACGUAAGGAGCAUGGAAGCCUCCGAGGCCUUCACGAUGCCCAAGACGUACGAGAACUUCCAGUCUGCAAAUCUGGAGAAGGAAUACGAAGCCGACUUUGAAAAAGACUUCCCGUUGUCAAAGUCCUUCCCCCAGCGCGUCUGUCCCACCAGCCGGCUCCUUCUGGUACUGAUGGUGUUCUGUGGCGUUCUGAUCCUCUCGGUCAGCAUCCUGGGCAUUCAAGGUGUCCGGUUCACCCAAAGCCUCCAGGGGACCCAGAAGGGGGUGCAGAAUCUUACCCAGACGGUCCAGCAGGAGGUCACCAACCUCCAGGCCAAAAGGAACAGCACCUGGUUGAAACUGGCUGAGCUGGAGAAAACUAUGCAACAGGAGCACGAUAAGGUGUUGAAAGUAUUGGAACUGUACCAGACUCAGCUGGACACCCUCGAAAAGAACACCAGAGCUCUGCGCUGUGAAAUUAUCGAAAUGAAGAGCAACGGCAGCAAAAAUGGCUGCUGCCCCCGAGGCUGGGUGAACUUUCGCUCCAGCUGCUACUGGACCACCCAGUCCAUGAACACCUGGCAGGGGGCCAAAAAAGACUGCGAAGAUAAGAAAGCCCACCUGGUUAUCCUCAACUCCGCCGAUGAGACAGACUUCGUGAAGACCCGGGCAAGACAGGGAAGUGACACCUGGAUUGGCUUGACCGACUCCAGCGGGGACUGGAAGUGGGUGGACGGAUCGGCCUACAGCGUGGACCCAAAAGACUGGGAUGUAGGCCAGCCAGACCACUGGUACGGCCACGGCAGUGGGGGUGGGGAGGACUGCGCCCACAUGAUAUACAACGGCCUUUGGAAUGACAACGUCUGUUUGCGCAUGUUCCCCUGGGUGUGUGAGAUGGAGCUGGGCAUCUGAACCACCCCACAGCCAGCCCCUCCUCCCUUGGCCGGAGGCUCUCGGUCCACGUGCGAAUGUCCUGGGAGGCUUCUGGCAGCCCAUCACAAAGGCCUCCUGCAAAGAUCCGUCUCUCGCACCCGGGACCCAGAGAGGGCUUAAAAGCUGUAAAAACACCCGGGUGGGGGUGGGGGUGGGGUGGGGGUUCAAGGUCCCCCCCUGUCUUUUUUAAAACA